UCAAUGACCACCAGACUCAAGCGCAAGCUAGGAGACCUCGGAGUGGAUACAGCCAGCACGAAAGCAAAUGAAUCGUUUUGCUUGAUUGGCACCCCGCUUCCUCCGCUCGAGAAAUCUAAAGAUACUGGCGAAUUUGUUCCUCUCUGGAAACAAGAUGUUCGCGAUGAAAAAGGUCGUAGGCGACUCCAUGGUGCCUUUACGGGUGGUUUCUCAGCUGGAUACUUCAACACUGUGGGGUCUAAAGAAGGAUGGACACCAUCCACAUUUGUAUCUUCAAGGAACGAUCGUGCAAAGAAGAAGCAGACGCGAGCGGAAGAUUUCAUGGACGAAGAAGACCUGCAGGAGAUACAAGAGAGUCGCAAGCUUGUGGAUACUACUGAUGAGAUGGAUUUGACGGGUGGUACACAAGCGGAACUCAGUCGACGGGGAGGAGCAGAGGAGGAGACAGAGACAGAUGCAAUGGCAACAGCGUUACAGGCUGUCGUACUACCUCCCACGAAAGACUCUGCUGGUGCCCGGAUACUAAAGAAGAUGGGUUGGCGGCUAGGUCAAGGUAUUGGACCGCGCGUCACUCUUCGACAAAGGCGACUUCAGGACCUGCAAGCAGCAACGGGCCGCAUUGUGACUGGGGAAGAUCUCGACCUAUCUUUGGAUGACGAAGAGGCCAAUAAACAUACUUACGCACCCCGAGAUACACCAGUACUGAUCGUGGAUCGCAAGGAUAAUUUUCAUGGGCUCGGUUAUCGACCUGGAACGAGUCUGAACGAAUCGCUCGGUGGUCAGAAGGCUUCGAGUGCUGGAAGGUCUGGUCCCGGAAUAUCAGCCGGAUUUGGUUUGGGUGCCCUCAACGAUGCUGAUGAGGAUGAUUUGGACGUCUACGACACUGGAAGCAGCCACCGAACUAGGCUUGCGUACGACGCAAUUGAUGCGGAUGGAGAUGACCGAAUUACGAUAGGUGCUAAGGGCGACCUUUCAAGGUGUCCGUUAAAUAUCAAACCCACUACGGGAACGGAGACAUUUCGCGAUGGAACACUCGUCUUGCCUGGAUUUAUGUUAUAUGAUAAACCUGUCGCAGAGGACAAAUGGUUCCCAUUACCGGACAUACCAAAGGGCUGGCAACCGAAUCCCAAAAAGUUAUGGGAUCAAGAGGGCCCUGAUAAAGAAAACAUCAAGAAGGAAGAAAUUAGCAAUGGCCCAGUGCCACAUCAUACAUGGAAGUCGGGAAUGUCGGCAGAAGAAAGAGGGAACCUCCUCGGGGAAACUCCACUACCCUCAGCACCGAAAUCGGUUUUCGACUACAUGUCACAGAAAGAUCGUGAACGCCUGAAGAACAUAGCCGCUGGCAUUGCCUCUGGAUCAUCUCUGCCGAGCAGCGGGUCUGCGUCUGCAUCCACACCCACCUCAAUUCGAAUACCUUCCAUCACCCCGGACGUCGCAAGUGCGGCACUGAGAGGUUUCCAACCGUUCACCACUGAUCCUAAAAAACAAGCACGAUACACACUCUAUCUCCAAUCCCAAACCGAUCCCACCACCGGUACCACAUUACAUCCUCUUCCGAAUCAGACCGUGGACGAAUUCAAUAAAGAACUGGAUGAAUACGCCAAAUCAGCACAGAUAUUCAAGCCCAUGUCUGGAGCUAUGGCUGGUCGAUUCACUUCUGCUGCCGUUGUUGAACACGGGCCCAAAGUACAGGAAGGUCUGCAUACGCCAACGGUGAAGGAGCAAACGCAAACGGAGGAAGAUGAGAAGGGCAAACGACAAAAGGAAUUGACUCCUAAAGAGAACGCUGCCAAGCUGGGUAUGUAUGGACCCAUGACUAGGGAGGUCGUGCCAUGGCAGCCUGCGAGGUUGCUUUGUAAGAGGUUUGGAUUGAAGGAUCCCAAUCCGGAGAUGUCGGCUGGAGGUGCUGAUACGAGUUCGCCUGAUAUGGCAUCGACAUCCCAAACUGAUGGGGUGGACGCCGCUAAGACUACGAGCUCGUCCGGACUGUCCCAGCAACAGAUUGAGGCAGCCACUGCCUCUAUGUGGGACACUACUGCACGAGCAGGUGGCGGAACGUCUCAAGGGAAACGAGAUCUGUCGAACGUUGGGCUUGGGGAGGAUGAUUCCCAAGGAAGAGAUACGUUGACGUAUGAACGUCCGUCGAUUGAUGUGUUCAAAGCGAUCUUUGCGAGCGAUGAUGAAGGAAGCGAUGAGGAUGGGGAUGAGGAUGCCGUUGACGGGAAGGAGGACGAUGAGAAAGAAGCUGAGAGCUCAGCUGCGUUGGUGGUGUCCGAAUCUUCGAAGAAAAGUAUUCCAACCGACGAGUCUGUUGACCUCGCGACAUUCAAGCCUACGUUCGUUCCUCGAGAGGCUAGGGUGACGAAGAGUGACGACAAGGAUAAGGACUCUGUUGGUUCAAAGAAGAAGAAAAAGAAGGACAAAGAAAAGAGGAAGGCUAUCGUCUCGUUUGCGAUGGAUGAAGGAGGUGAUGGAGCCGACGAACACGUAUCAACCGAGCAUCGACCAAAAAAGAAAAAGAAGCACGGCCAUGAGAAAGGCAAGAAUAGAGAUAAGGACCGGGAUAGGAACACAAAAAGCGAAAAAUCAAAGCAGAUAGAGGAGAAUCUUAACGACGAUGACGAGGAUAUGUGGGUUGAACGGCCUCGUCCGACUGGCGUUGAAGCACAGACAUUCGAUGUGGAUAUGCUCCCCGCUCCUGCUAAUACGGAAGAUGGUAUUCCUCCACCCUCACGAGCUAGAAAGAGGGCAAUCGAUUUCAUGUAAAAUUCCUGUUUUCACAUUCGAUCUCUUUUUGGCGUUGGUUAUAAACCUUGACAUGGGAAUGACUGGUUCGAUGAUAGAUUGUUCGGCCCUUACAUCGUUAUUGCGGGAUCUUGGGUGUAAAUCUGAGGGGUACAUGACACUUGGAAGGACGACGGAGAAGAAUCAGGCGCACAGUAGUCCUUUAACUGGCCUGUAUAUGCCGAGCUACAGAGCUAUAUC